CGAACUAACAGGAUGGAACGCGCCCGGGAGGACUCUCUUCACUCCUACCCCCCUUCUCCUCCUCCUCCCCGCGCCUAGAAUCUAGGAGUUGGGGAAGCUCCCCACAGGGGAGGAGGGAGGGAGGAGAAAGUGCGCGAGACCCGGACCACCUCCUCCGCCCUAGAAACAGGGGCGGGGCAGUGCCCCGAGCCUAGUGCAUGCGACCGGCUGGGGCAUCCUGGAGAAGCCUUGGUGUCCGGCCCUCGCGCCGUGAGUGACCCUGCCGCGCGCGUGCGGGAGGGAGGAGGAGGAAGAGAAGGAAGCGGCAGCAGCAGAACGCGGAGCCGGGCGCGGAAGGAGCCGAGACAUGGCCAGCGACACGCUUCAGGUACAGAGCGAGCCCGGGAGCUGGUCAGUGUUGGAGCAGCUGGGCCUGUCAGGAGCAGACCUGGCAGCCCCAGGGGUACAGCAGCGCCUGGAGCUGGAGGUGGAACGGUUGCGGCGGGAGAUCCGAAAGGAGCUGAAGCUGAAAGAGGGGGCAGAAAACCUUCGGCGGGCCACCACUGACCUCGGCCGAAGCCUGGGGCCAGUGGAGCUGCUCCUCAGGGGCUCCACGCGACGCCUGGACCUGCUGCACAGCCAGUUGCAAGAGCUCCAUGGCCUUGUGGUGCUACAUGAGCCCAGCCAGGCCCAGCCUCAGGUGGGCCAAGCCCAAGAUGGCCCCCAGUCCCCCAACUGCUCGGCCACCAGUCUGAGUCUGGUGGCCGGCUUGGAGAAGCAGCUGACCAUCGAGCUCAAGGUCAAACAAGGGGCAGAAAACAUGAUCCACACCUACAGCAAUGGCAGCACCAAGGACCGGAAGCUGCUGCUCACGGCCCAGCAGAUGCUGCAGGACAGCAAGACCAAGAUCGACAUCAUCCGCAUGCAGAUUCGAAGGGCCCUACAGGCCGGGCAGCUGGAGAACCAGGGCUCGGAGGAGUCGCACGGGGGCCCGGACCUGGGGGCCGUGGAGCUGCGCAUCGAGGAGUUAAGGCACCAUUUCCGAGUGGAGCACGCUGUGGCCGAGGGGGCGAAGAACGUGUUGCGCCUGCUCAGUGCUGCCAAGGCCCCGGACCGCAAGGCAGUCUCCGAGGCCCAGGCCAAGCUGACAGAGUCCACCCAGAAGCUGGCCUUGCUUCGGGCAGCCUUGGAACUCCGCCUUGGGGAGCUGCCAGCGGAGCACCCCAAGGGGCGACUGCUGCUGGAGGAACUGGCCAUGGCUUCGUCCUCUGCCUUCAGCGCCCGCCUUGGCCCUUUCCCCGCCACUCAGUACAGCACGCUCUGCAAGCCCUCCCCCCUCACAGGAACUCUGUCAGUACGUGUGCUGGGCUGCAGUGGGCUUCCUGAGACUGUCCCUUGGAGUUCUCCACCAACUUCAGGGAGCUCAGGCACCCCCGAAGGCCGUACCCCCUUCUUGGGCCGCCCAGCCCGGGGCCUCUAUAGCAGAAGUGGCAGCCUCAGUGGCAGGGGCAGCAUCAAGACUGAGGAACCAACCAAUGAAGUCAGUGCUGUGCUCAAGGUAGACAACACAGUGGUGGGCCAGACGCCAUGGAAGCCGUGUGGCCUGAAUGCUUGGGACCAAAGUUUCACCCUGGAGCUGGAACGGGCCCGAGAGCUUGAACUAUCUGUAUUCUGGAGGGACCAGCGUGGCUUAUGUGCCCUUAAGUUCCUGAAGCUUGAGGAUUUUUUGGACAACCAGAGACAUCAGGUGCAAUUAGAGUUGGAGCCUCAAGGCUGUCUUCUGGCAGAGGUCAUUUUCCACAACCCAGUGAUUGAGCGGAUCCCACGGCUACAAAGGCAAAAAAAGGUGUUCUCCAAACAGCAGGGGAAGGCCUUCCUUCGAGCCCGGCAAAUGAACAUUGACAUUGCUACAUGGGUGCGGCUCCUUAGGCGGCUUCUUCCCAGUGCCAAUUCCACGGGCACUUUCAGCCCUGGGGCCACUACAGCUGAAAGUCGGACAUCAGGGGACAUUUCCAUUGAGAAGCUGAACCUGGACUCUGAUAGCUCCACCCAGAAAAGUCCUCUGGACCUCCUCUCCAGCCCCUCUAGCCUUUCCAGCCCCUCUUCCCUGAGUCCCAGAAGCCAAGAUCCCCCACAGUCCCUGGAAUUGAUGCCUGAAGACAAAGAGAGCCAUGGACCCACCCCAUCCAGCCCCCUGAGGACAUCCCCAUUGAGCCUGAACGACUUCAAAUUCCUGGCAGUACUGGGCCGAGGCCACUUUGGGAAGGUGCUCCUGUCUGAGUAUCUGCCCAACGGGGAGCUCUUUGCCAUCAAAGCCCUGAAGAAGGGGGACAUAGUGGCCAGGGACGAAGUGGAAAGCCUGAUGUGUGAGAAGCGGAUUCUGGCCGCGGUGACGGGCGCCGGCCACCCCUUCUUGGUCAACCUGUUCGGCUGCUUCCAGACCCCCGAGCACGUGUGCUUUGUCAUGGAAUACGCGGCCGGUGGGGACCUCAUGCUGCACAUCCACAGUGAUGUCUUUACAGAACCUCGAGCUGUCUUUUAUUCGGCUUGCGUGGUGCUGGGGCUGCAGUUUCUGCACGACCACAAGAUUGUCUACAGGGACCUGAAAUUGGACAACUUACUGUUGGACACCGAAGGCUACGUGAAAAUUGCGGACUUUGGGCUCUGCAAGGAGGGGAUGGGUUUUGGUGACCGCACCAGCACCUUCUGUGGGACCCCAGAGUUCCUGGCUCCUGAAGUGCUGACUGAUACAUCCUAUACCAGGGCAGUGGAUUGGUGGGGACUGGGUGUCCUCCUCUAUGAGAUGCUGGUGGGGGAGUCCCCAUUCCCUGGAGAUGAUGAAGAGGAGGUGUUUGACAGCAUCGUCAAUGAUGAGGUCCGCUACCCCCGCUUCCUUUCCACAGAAGCCAUCGGCAUCAUGCGAAGGUUACUUCGACGGAACCCAGAGAGACGCCUGGGUUCUGGUGAGCGGGAUGCUGAGGAUGUUAAGAAGCAGCCAUUCUUCCGGACUCUGGGCUGGGAGGCAUUACUUGCUCGCCAGCUGCCGCCGCCUUUCAUUCCUGUGAUCAAGGGCCGAACAGACAUCAGUAACUUCGAUGAAGAGUUCACUGGAGAGGCCCCAGCUCUGACACCACCCCGAGAGGCUCGCUCCCUCUCAGCUGCUGAGCAAGAAGCAUUCAGGGAUUUUGACUAUGUCUCUAAAAACUGCUAGCACUGCCUCUCCCCGAAGGACAAUGAAUGGACUGAAGCCUUCUCUCCAACCAAUUCUCUGCAGUUUGUAGUUUUUAAAAGGCCUUUGGGGUUUGCCCCAUCAGAGUAGCCUCUGCCUCCUUCUUAUGCGCCAAGAGUUGUGUGGGGAUGUGGGAGGGAAACCUCAGUUCCUGGAGGAAGUGAGGGAGAGGCAAUGAGGAUUAUACAUGAUUUUAGGCAAAUAACAACUGCUUUGAGCUUUAUCUUCUUUAUUGGAGAGGCUUAGAUGAUCGAUUAAGUUUAUUCUAGGCUGAAAUCCAUAGUCCUGUUAUUUGAUGACCUUGAGGGGAAUGGGGUCUUGACCCCUCUAGUUUGGCCUUUGGUGGGAGAAGGAACAAACUAGGGGAUUCUGCUGAGGAAGGAGAAGAAACUGUGAAAGAAAUUUGGAGGGAUGUUGAAUUGCCAAGAAAGUCAAAGAGUGAAUUUGGAAGGAGUUGAGAAGUUGAAGGAGGGGAAAGAUUUAAGCUCAAGGAGGACCCAAGGAGGAGGACUGCCAGGGGGAGAGGAAAGUAAGAGAAGGUAAGAGGGUAUGGAUCUCAAAGUGCUAACAGGAAGAGAAGUGACCACCCCAUGUUUGAAGAUCCUCAUUUGCAGUUUGCCACAGAGGUUCUCCAGGAAAGCUUCUAUCAAGAAGGAAAAAAGAUGCUGAGGACCUCACUUCUAGCAAAGUGCAAAGAGCAGGGAGAAAUCUGCAGUGACCUACAGGGAGUGAGAAAUGGUGUUUCUGUAUCUGCCAUGACCACGUGUUAGCUGAGCUCAAAAACAGGCUGGCCUCCCUCCUGGAAGACAAGGUACUCUCCUCAAGACAAGCGAGUGCCUCCCUGCUCUCCAGGUUACCAGGGAGAAUUGUGGGCCUAUAAAAAGUAGAAUGGAUGGUUUCAGAGGGAGGUAACAAAAGAAGAGAUCCGAAGAAGCAGCUGGGAAUCCUCACCUGUUUUGAGAGCUCUCAAAGAGGAAGGAGAAAUAAAAGAAAAAUCACUGAACUUUCAGAGCUCUGUGACAGAUAGAAUGAGGCUAGUCCUCAUGAGUAAGGAGCUGGAUUCUGAAAGUAGUUAUUUCCUCUUCCUUCCAGGAAUGUUGAUGUAGAUUCACAGGUGAGAGGGAAUCCAGGAAGGGUAAGAGGAAGAGGAGGUCAGGAGUGGGACUUGUAGAUGGCUCUGCAGAAUGCAUAAUAAGGAAGUUCUUUGUCACCCUGAUAAUAACAAUUAAAAACAAAAGUCUGCUUUCUUCCUGGAGCAAUUUCCAGGCAGUGACAGAUGACCCUUCAUGACUAAAGUCAUGCUUUUGCUUGAAGGGAAAGACUUGAUUUGGGAAGUGAAUAGCUAGUUUGGUUUAGUGUCUGAGAAUGGGAUAUGGAUUUCUGGAUCAUAGAAUAAAAUAUAAAAUUGACAUGCCCCUGGUCAGAGACUAACUGUAUUAAGGGCUAAUAAGAAUUUAUUUGCCCACUGUUUCAAUCCUGUCCAACUCAUGACCCACAUUUGGUGUUUUCUUGACAGAGAUACUAAAGUGGUUUCCCACUUCUCCAACUCAUUUUUAUAGAUGAGGAAACUGAGGCAAACAGGGUUAAGUGACUUGCCCAGGGUCACACAACCAGUAAAUGUUUGAGGCUACAUUUGAAUUCUUUGUCUUUCUGACUCUAUUCCUGGUGCUCUAACUGUCCUUGUAUUUGCCUAGGGAGUUAAAUGAUUGAAUGAAUAAAUGAAUGAACAAAUUAA